AUGUCGCCGUCGGCAGCAGACACCAACUCUCGAGUUCCUGCUGGACAGGACUCGAGACUUCUCAGAAGCAUCUUUUUUGUCAGCAACAUCCAUUGCUCCUCUUGCGUCGCAUACAUCAAUGAAGUUCUAUCAGACAUUGAUGGGGUGAGGGAUAUCGAUGUGUCGGUUCUCACCCACGAAGUACGCGUCGUUCACAGCGCCGAAACAGACCCGUCACGCCUUGCUUCGGCUUUGGUUGAAGCUGCCUUCGAGGUUCACCAUGUCACUACAUAUGAACCCAGAGGAUCAGUUAUCUCGGAACUUGAUACAAGUUCAUGGCUACCCCGCGACUCAGUGUUGUUCACUACCCAGCCUAACAUCCACCGAAAUCCAGCUCUGGGAAGCCGACAUGUUGACAACUGUGACGCUUGCAGGAAAGAAGAGCUGGAUAGCCUCGCGGCCGGCGAGGACUUGGCAGAUGCUGCUCGCCGCCCUCGCGACCGCUAUAGUGGUCUUCGAACGGGUGGAAAGCCCGGUCCAACCCAGUCAGAGGUACAGAGUCUAGUAGCCCGGGGGUCAGCCGAAGAAGUUACACCCGUGGAGCCGCCCAAGACGCCGGAAGAUAAGGAAAGGUUCAACGCUCGUGUGAGCAUUGGAGGUAUGAGCUGUGCUUCAUGCGCAAACAGCAUCACGAAUGAAGUCAAAGAGUUGGACUUUGUCGAAGACAUAAUUGUCAACCUCCUUACCAACAGUGCUACUGUCAUCUUUACUGGCCCGCAGUCAAACAUCGACAAGGUUGUCGAGCAGAUUGAAGAUAUCGGUUUCGAAGCAUCGCUUGAUGAGGUCAAAAUGAUCAAAACAACCCCCGCACGCAAGGAGGCCCCUUCGAAAUUCGUCGCUGAACUUGCUAUCGGCGGCAUGACGUGCGGUUCGUGCUCCGGGGCAGUUACCCGAGGGCUGGAAGAGCUUUCUUUUGUCACUACUGUUUCGAUCAAUCUCUUGACCCACAGUGGCAGAGUUGAGUUUGAAGGGCGUGAUCAUAUUGAUGAGAUCGUGGAAAAGAUUGAAGAUCUCGGCUAUGAUGCUUCGGUCGAUAACGUGACAGCCCUGGUGGCAGAUAGCAACGAUGAGCCUCUGGAAGAAAGGACACUGUCCAUCCGUGUGGAUGGUAUGUUCUGCCAUCACUGUCCUGACAAAGUUGUCAAGUCCUUGGAAGCUUUCCCGGAUGUUAAAGUCGAUGGCAACCUGUCCGUCAAGAAUCCGAUUCUUGCGGUUACCUAUACACCAAAGCCACCCUCUCUCACAGUGAGGAGUAUACUUCGGACAAUCGAAUCGGCUCACGAUGCUUUCACUGCCACCGUUUAUCGUCCUCCGAGCGUCGAAGAUCGGUCCCGAGCUAUGCAGCGCCACGAAAGACGCCGACUGUUCACCCGAUUUAUCUUUGUUCUGCUCGUGGCUAUCCCCACGUUCAUCCUGGGUAUUGUAUUCAUGAGCUUGGUGUCGUCAAACAACAAGGUUCGCAAAUUCUUGGAAGAACCGAUGUGGGCUGGAGAUGCCUCGCGCCUCGAAUGGGCCCUUUUUAUCAUGACAACCCCGGUCAUGUUCUAUGGUGCUGAUAUUUUCCACGUGCGUGCGAUGAAAGAAGUCUACUCCCUUUGGCGUCCUGGAAGUCGUGCACCGCUCCUUCGCAGGUUUUACCGGUUUGGGAGCAUGAACCUACUCAUCUCUGCCGGUACGACCGUAGCCUAUGUCGCGUCUUUAGCUGUGCUUAUCAUGGACGCCGCGAUGGGCUCAGCGUCCAACACACAUAGUUCAACAUAUUUCGACACGGUUGUGUUUCUCACUAUGUUCAUUCUUGCUGGGCGGUUUAUGGAAGCGUACAGCAAAGCAAAGACCGGGGAUGCGGUCGCAUCUCUUGGAAAGCUGCGCCCGACAGAGGCUUUGUUGAGAAUCAACGCAAGUGACACAGACCUACCCGGUGACGAAAACAGACUUGCGGAAGAUGGCUAUGAGCGGAUCAACAUUGACCUGCUAGAAAUUGGGGAUGUAGUUAGCAUACCUCACGGCGCCUCACCACCUGCGGACGGUGUCGUCGUUGGGACUGCUUCAUACCAGUUCGAUGAAAGCUCGUUGACAGGAGAGUCGAAACCGGUCCACAAGUCAGCAGGUGAUCAAGUUUACACCGGAUCUGUGAACGUCGGUCAGCCCGUCGAAGUUAAGGUCACUGCAACUGGGGGCUCCUCGAUGCUGGAUCAAAUCAUCUCCGUGGUGCGAGAAGGUCAGAGCAGACGUGCGCCGCUGGAACGGGUUGCGGAUCUAUUGACCUCUCACUUCGUCCCAAUCAUCACCCUGAUCGCCAUUCUGACCUUCGUCAUCUGGCUCGCUCUCGGCCUUUCGGGGACACUGCCUGAUGAUUACCUUGACGUUGCACGCGGCGGUUGGACGUUCUGGGCAUUGGAGUUUGCGAUCGCAGUGUUCGUCGUGGCCUGUCCUUGUGGUCUGGCACUUGCCGCCCCCACGGCACUUUUCGUUGGCGGCGGACUAGCUGCUAAGCAGGGUAUUUUGGUCAAAGGAGGAGGCGAGGCGUUCCAAGAAGCGAGCCGACUCGACGCCAUUGUGUUCGACAAGACGGGAACCCUCACAGAGGGCGGCAGCUUGCAGGUAUCCGAACACGAAGCCCUCAUUUCGGACCCCGACGUAAUACAGGUAGCUUGGACACUUGCCCGAAAGCUCGAAGAAAGCAGCAACCAUCCGAUCGCUCGAGCAAUUUCGACUUUCUGCAAGGAAAAGCCCUCUGUCACAAUUACAAGCGCCGACAUCGAAGAAAGAUCCGGCCAAGGAAUGAAAGGCACGUUCACUGUAUCAGUGCCGAAUCCCAACGAGAAAUCCGAGACACCCACUCAAUACGAAGCUGCCAUCGGCAACCAACGUCUCCUACACAGCCUAGAAACAUCAGACUACGACGAAAGCCACCUAUCGAAAACACUCUCGAAGUACCAAGCUGCCGGUAAAUCCACCGCCAUCCUUUCUCUCUGCUCCCAAAACGAACCCUCCUUCACACCGGCCAUCGUCUUCGCCAUCUCCGACACCAUCCGACCCGACACCAUCGAAGUCAUCUCCAAGCUCCAAAAGCGCAAAGUCAAUGUAUACAUGUGCACCGGCGACAACCAAACAACUGCUCACGCCGUCGCCGACAUGGUCGGCAUUCCGCGCUCCAACGUCAUGGCGAACGUAAUGCCAGCAGGCAAAGCCGACUUCGUGCGUCAAAUCCAAGACAGCAACAACAACUUCACCCCACAGACAGAUUCCGAAGCAGAGAGUCAACGAGCCCCCACCAACAACCGCUCCAUCGUCGCCUUCGUCGGCGACGGCGUCAACGACUCCCCCGCCCUCGCCGCAGCAGAUGUGAGCAUCGCCAUGGCGUCGGGAUCCGACGUCGCCAUGAACUCCGCUAGUUUCAUCCUCCUCAACUCGGAGCUCGAUACCAUCCUGCAACUUGUCCUGCUGAGUCGUCGCGUCUUCAACCGCGUCAAGUUGAACUUUGGUUGGGCGCUGAUUUAUAACUGCUGCUUGGUGCCUGUCGCUGCGGGUGUCUUCUAUCCGAUCGUUAGUGGACAUAAGCAUGAGAUGGUGGGUGGGGAGCUUGUGGUCACUGAUACCCAUUGGAGGUUAAGCCCCGUCUGGGCAGCGUUGGCCAUGGCGUUGAGUAGCAUUUCGGUCGUUUGUAGUAGUCUGGCGUUGGGGAUUAGUCGCAGGUCGCUUAAGAGAGUGUUUGGAUUGGGUGGGUAG